AUGGAGCAUAUGGGUUUCAGUGGUGUUGAGGUAAGAGGCAUGCAGAGGAUACUGACGUUGUUUGCUGUUUGUUUGAGAAGCAACAAAAUCGAAAGCCGGAGGGAUGUGUUACACGGAGGAUCACGACAGGCCAGAAAUAGCGUGACGGGCUACGGCUGGUGGUUGGUUCGUCGGAGCAGAUACACAAUCGGAGGGUGUUUGUUGCGGAGAAUUAUCGACGGUGUUGAUGCGUUUCCGGCGAGUUGUGUGACGCUCUCUGUCGAUCAGAGGGGUGCGAGGUCGGAUCGCUUCUAUUCCUCUUUGUUCUUCUUUUCUUCUUUCGGUUGGAAUAGUACAAUACCUGCAUUGUCCAAUUUUACCUGCAGCAUAAUAAUCGAUACCCACAUAUCCACAGAAAAAAAGUUAUGGCUUACGGAGAUACGUAAGCGGUUGUUGGACUCGUCGGAGAAUUGA